AUGAGCGGCACCACAGCUUUACGCAUCCCUGGCCUCUUCCUGACAUGUGUCAGAUACUUCGAACUGAUUCAAGUAGCACGGAACCCCGACAGCGAGAUCGCUUCAUGUGAUCUACAGCUACGCGGCACAGAGCUGCGACUUCGACGUUGGGGUCGCGCAGCUGGCAUCACUGACAGUGCAUCGCCGGAACUCAUGACUGCACUGGAGGGUUUUCAAGAGGAUGAAAUCAAGUUCGCUCAUGAUGCUCUGGAGCAGAUCGAAGCGCAAUUGGAGAACGCUCAACGCAGGUCGAAGCCUCUGAUAGAAGGUGGAUCAAGCCUGUCUUCUACCCCAACGGCCACCGAGCAUAUCAACGACGCCCAACAUACCCAGGAAGACUUCAAUGAAUCCGAACUCGACAGAGCGCUUAACAAGCUUCGAGCUCAAUACGGUAAAUCCUUGCGAUUCGGAGAAGACUCGCAGAAAAAGACCAAAUGGGCCCUACACGACAGCACAAUGCUCAAGAAUCUGAUCAGUACCACUUCAGCUCAUUUGGCCGAUCUCGAAAAGCUCUUCACCAAGGACAUUGAUCGCCUUGUCAGCACCGAGGUCGCCGAGAUGAUGAACUUGCCUGAUCAAGGACUGGCUUUGUAUCUGAAAGUCAUGGCCGCGAUUGACCCACCACUUCAGCAGGCGUCGAAACCAAAGCUGGCAUCGUCAGGUCGAACGUAUCAAGACAUUGACGCCGAUGGCGAGGCGAAUUCGCACAUUGGGCGCAGGCUCAAGGAGGCUUCUGAGCGUGAUGGACAAGGUGACGUGUUCCAACGUAUGAAGUUCGGUGGCAAGAGUAAAUCUCAUGUUGGGGACAGCGUCGGCUAUGAUGAGAAAUGA